GCUGCACACCAAGGAGCAGAUCCUGGAGCUGCUGGUGCUGGAGCAGUUCCUCACCAUCCUGCCCCGAGAGUUCUACACCUGGAUCCGAGAUCACAGCCCAGACAGCGGCAAGGCUCUGGUGGCCAUGGUGGAGGACCUGAUGGAGAGCACACCUGAGGCCAAGGCGGUGGGUGAGAAGAGGGUGUCCAGGCCUUGCACGGUUCCAUGCCACGCCCAGGGAGAGCAGCUGGUCACAGCCCUUGGCGGAGGAUCUUGGCAAUCAGGCAUCCACUUGGGGCCCGUAGAAGUCAAACCUGAGUGGGGGAUACUUCAGGGGGACGGAGUUCAAAGCUUAGGCCCAAGCACUACAGAACAGCUGAGCCAGGGCCCUGGAGACGGGACACAGGCCUUCCAGGAGCAAGCUCUGUCUGAUAUGGAGAUCACAGCCCAAUCAGUUGUUUUCAUUUUUGCUGGCUAUGAAGCCACAAGCACGUCCAUUUCCUUCGUGAUGUAUCAACUGGCUACUCACCCUGCUGUGCAGAAGAAACUUCAGGAUGAGAUUGACAGAGUUCUGCCCAACAAGGCACCUGUCACCUAUGAUGCCCUGAUGGACAUGGAGUACCUGGACAUGGUUCAGCAAGGAGAACAAGGGCAGCAUCAAUCCUUAUGUAUACCUGCCCUUCGAAAAUGGACCCAGGAACUGCCUUGGCAUGAGGUUUGCCCUCAUCAGAUGAAACUCGCUGUCGUCAGAGUCCUGCAGAACUUCACCCUCCAGCCUUGUGAGGAAACACAGAUUCCCUUGAAGUUAAGCAAGCGAACCAUUUUUCAACCAGAAGAACCCAUCAUCCUGAAAGGUGUGUCAAGGUGAAAUCACAAAUGGAGCUUGAGUUUCCAGCAAGAUUUCUGCUGUUCUUCAAGGAAGCUGUGCCACCCAAUAUCAGAGAAUCUAAUUUGCCUUUGAAUUAAUCAGCUUAAUUGCCCUUGGUGAUUAGGUGUUCAGGAAUUCAUUGAGCAUGCUCAGUGUCUGUGCUGAGUAUCAUGUAUUGUGUGAUUUACAGGAAAUCAUUAAGUCAAUAUAGAACUGAGAUUUUUCUGAUUGUAGGGGCCAUCCCCAUUGAGCUCCAGCUUGCUUUCUGCAUUCUGAUUGUACUAAGCAUUUGUCUGCUAUCUUAUCAAUCAUAUUUUAAUGAAAUGGGAGGUACUGUGGUGAUUCUGGUAAUAAAUCUGUAUCAAAUGUUGUUUAUAAUAUUACAAAUAGAAAUCAUCUUUCCAUAAAUAUGUGAUGUCUUCCUAUGCAUCCAUAAAACUGAGACACAGCAUGUCUGAUCAUA